AUGAGUACUCCAAAACCAGAAGUCAGUCGCGGUCUUUCGCUAGUAGACUUGGUCAAUCAUGAUGAAAGUCCCAAUGCGAAGCCAGAGGCCAGGAGGAGGAGCUCUCAGACUUUAAAUCCGAUUCCAGCUGAAGAAAUCAAGAAGAGACUUAGUGUAGAUGGCCUUGGAAGUGACAAUAGCACAAAUACUAAGGGCUCAAAAGCUUUGGGCAAAAAAGAAUCUGGAAACGAUGAAGAAACUGAUACGGACGAUGAUGUGGGUGGAUCUGGGGACAUUGUUUUCGAAACGGGCGAUUUCAAAUUCGACUACGAUAAGCAAGAGAGCAAUCCCGGCUCAACCGCUGCCGAAAGUGCCAACAAGCCGUCCAGACCUGACACGACUGAAAAUCCUGCUAAAGCAGAAAGUCGAGCGAAACAAAAUAAAGAAGAUGCAGCAGCAGCAGCAACAGAACCCGUUCCAAACAAUAUUGAACCUGCCAAUGGAACAAAGAAAAGUAAAGCACGGAAUGACUCUGAUAUGAAAGACAUUUUUGAAGAAAAGUCAUCGCUUCAAUCCAAGCGGAAUGCACUAAAAAAGGACUUGAAAGUCCUUAAUGAAAUAGCUUCAACUGCCAAGCCUAGCAGGUACAACAUAGCACCUGUUUGGGCUCAGAAAUGGAAACCCACUGUAAAAGCACUCGAAAGCAUUGACACCAAUAAUUUAAACAUCGAUGCUUCUUUCACAAAUAUUAUCCCGGACGAUGACUUAACAAAGUCGGUGCAGGAUUGGGUCUAUGCCACCGUAGUGUCAAUACCGCCGGACCAAAGACAAUUUAUCGAAAUGGAAAUGAAAUUUGGCAUAAUUGUGGAAGGGAGUGACACCAAUAGAGUAAGUCCGCCUGUUUCCUCCCAGACUGUUUACACGGAAAUGGAUGCACAUUUGACCCCCGACGUAGAUGAGAGGGUCUUUUUCGAGCUGAAUAAAUACAUGAAGGGCAUAUCGGAGCUGAGCGAGUAUACGGGUAAGUUCAAUAUCAUCGAGUCACACACCACCGAUUCGCUGUACCGUGUAGGAAUGUCCACUCAAAGACCACGUUUCCUCAGAAUGAGCCGAGACAUCAAAACCGGACGUGUCGGGCAAUUCAUCGAAAAACGACACGUUAGUCAAUUACUGCUUCUUUCACCGAAGGACAGCUAUGAUGUUAAGAUUUCGAUAAAUCUCGAAUUGCCCGUACCUGAGAACGAUCCUCCUGAGAAAUACAAGGACAAUACUCCAGUGAGUGUGCGUACCAAACAGCGGAUAAGUUAUAUCCAUAAUGACUCUUGUACUCGUAUGGAUAUAACAAAGGUAUCGACCCAUAACCAAGGAGUAAAACAAAGACACACAGAAGGUACUCAUGAAAUCGAACUGGAAGUCAAUACCUCUGCUUUAUUGAGCGCAUUCGAAAAUAUCACACAAAACAGCAAGGAGUAUGCUGCCAUUUUGCGAACAUUCUUGAACAACGGCACAAUCGUAAGAAGAAAACUAACAGGUUUGUCCUUGGAAAUUUUUGAGGGCCAGAAAAAGGGUUAG